CCCUGACGGUGCGCUUUCUGACGAAACGGUACAUCGGCGAGUACGACCACCACGGCGACCAGCCGCCCUACAAGUACGAGCUGAUGGUGGACGGCGAGCCGGUGCUCUUCGAGCUGCUCGACACCUGCCCCAAGACUGCCGGCGAGAUGCCGUCGACCAAGACGCUGGACUGGGCGGAUGGCUUCCUGCUGGUGUACUCCAUUACGGACCGCGAUAGCUUCAGCUACAUCAAGCGGCUGCGCUCACACAUGGCGCAGUGGCGGCGGGAGGGCGGUCCGGCCGCCGCCGCUACCCCCAUGGUGCUGGUCGGCAACAAGGGCGACAUGAUCCACCUGCGGCAGGUCGGCAACGAGGAAGGGGAGAUCCUGGCUCGCGACAUGGAGUGCCUCAGCUUCCGGGAGGUGUCCGCCUCGGAGCAGGUCACGGAGGUGGCCGAGGCCUUCAACGACCUGUGUCGCGAGGUUAACAACCACCGGCGCAAGAGCAAGCAAUCGCUGCUGGACCGGGUGCUGGGCGGCCGCGGCGGACUGCGCGUGUACGCCCGAGGCAAGAGCGACAGUGCACUGCCCAAGGACUAGGGCCGCUGUGUCCGAGGAUGGGGGCCGCUUUUUGCGGAGUACUUCGUGGGCCUUGGUCACUGCCUAAUGACUGGGGCCGUUGGCUGAGGACUAGGGCCGCUGGCGGUACUUCUACUAAGUACUACGGUCCCCAUUCGGGGAAUAGGGCCGCCGCCCAUUGGCUGUGGUCAAUGUCCCAAAAUAAGGGCCGCUGCCGAAUGAAUAGGACCGCUGUGCGAGGAAUAAUAUUGCUGUCCGAUGGCUGGGCUAGAGCUGACGCACAAGAACCGUAAGGUCGACGCUGCGCCACAAAACUGAGAAAAGUGGUUGCUUGUGAAAAUAGGGUAGCAUGACAUCAACGAAGGAUAUCAGUCAGCGUAGAGCCUAUAGACCGGAGGAGUGAGUGGCUCGAAUAGGGGUAUCAUACUGUGCAUUGUCUGAGAGUUGGUAUGGUUCUUUCUUUACUGGUAAUGGCUUUUGUUAUGCAUUAUUGAUGAUGCCGACUGCCGAGUUUAGGGACGUAUAGGUUUUAUUUCUUCUCUGUUGGUAAACAUUGCUUACCCUUGAGGUUUGAGAAGCAGCGUGUAGUGGAGCUGAUAGCGGAAUACUUAGGCAGGCAAUUGCUUUAGGCAGCGUUUUUCUCAAUGGCUGAAGAUGUCACAUUUUGCUCGGAACAGUAACAGGCUCAACUUCGGUUGUAAAAAACACCGUGGAGUGACCGGUGGCAAUUAAGACCCUAGCGGUGGCGAGCCGACCGGCGACGGGAUGAAUUCAGUGAAGGAGGCGACGUUUGAAAGGCUCUGCGCUACUCUGAUUGGACAGGCACGGCAUUCAGCAGUGCAGUCCAGACUGUCGAAGUCGGUUGGAAUGUAGUCCAGAGACAGUCAAAGCCUGUUGAGGUGAGGGGGGGGGGAGGAUAGCCCCCGACCACCCGCUGCUUUACAUCACAGCUGCUGUCCGUUGGCAGAUGUUGAAAGGUGUGGGCAAUGUUAAGCGCAAUGAGCGGUGGCAUUUCUUUGGUAGCGUUGUUGCGGUUGUGUUUAAUUCUGUACUGUGAACGUGUUUUGCGCUGAUCUGCAUGACGAAGUUGCAAUCUAGGUAGUGGAGACUUUCACAUCCAUUCUUAGACUAUGCUCAUGUGAUUUGGGGUUACUUGCGUUUACUGACCGAUGAAGGAUGUCGAUAUUGCUUUUGGAAAAAUUACGCCGUUCAUAAAAAAAUCGCAGCCGACUUUUCACGCGGUACAUUUUUUAUCGUAGAUCAUCAAAUGCCACGUUGGGCCUCGUAUGAAAGUGCCAUGUCUAUCCGUGCUGAAAAUAAAGCAUCCCGUGACAUAAAAGGAGAAUAAGUGUGGAACUUAAUAAAUGCCACAGAGACACUGUUCUGUAAA